AGAUCAAUACACAUUAAGUUUUGAUGCAGUUGAAUAUGUGCAGGUCUAUUCUCAUAUACAGGGUCCCGCCAAUUGAUUACUUACGCCAGGUAACCCUAGAUUUAGGAGGGGCUACAACUACAACUGCGGAAAGUCUACCCGGAAACUCGUCUACAAGAUCAUCCGUGGCAACAUUAAUAAAACGUUUCAACGAGGUUAGUGCUUGGAUUACUCAGCUGAUCAUCUCACAACCUACACAUGAUGCCAGAAGAGCGGUGCUUUCAUGCGUGUUGCGAGUGGCCCUUUCAAGUUGGAAUAUCGGAAAUUUUAAUGGGGCGAUGGAGAUCAUCGCCGGUCUCAAAUCAAAUAAACUUAAACCAUUUUGGCUUUCAAUUACGGAGAAGGAAACGUUACCAAUCUUGGACUUCCUUUCGGCGGCGUUGUUAUCGGCAGAAUACGACAGAGCGCUGAGUCGCGCGCUGUCAAUGGCAGAAUGUCCGGUGGUUCCAUUCUUUGGUGCUUUUUUACGAGAGCUUCGAGAAAUUUUAGCCGCCCAACCCACUAUACACGAUCACAACGUAAAAGAAAUUCCACCACUGAGUAAAUCGCCCAAGUUUGAUAUACGUCGAGAUCGGGACCAAAAUCAGCAAAGACAAGUGUUUAUAUCAGAUUACAAUGGGGAGGAUCACCAUUUCACCAAAGUUGGACCUGGAGGAUUGAUUAAUUUAGAAAAGAUCUAUAAAACGCAGGCCGUAAUGGACCAUAUAUCUUUGUGUCACCAACAUUUUCAUUCCCGUAAUCGUUUUUCGUCCACGACCACUAUUCUAGAUUACCUUAAAACCACUACCACUGAUAGGCAGCGUAUUGUUGCAGCUACUGCCCCUGAAAAGAAUGAGCUGGAUGCAGAAUACGAAUUUGAAGUCGACGGCUACCAUCCCGUGCAACCUUUAGUGCACGAUCACGGCGUAAGCUUUGUUUGUCUAUCAUCUCCGUUAACGAAGAUAGAUCAACACGUAAUGCAGAUUUUGCAUCAUGGAAGUACAGUAGUGCUGUGGGAAAGUCCGGAAGGCCCAACAGCACCUGGUAGUCCGCGGGGAAUUUUACAAUACCUAAGACUGGAUCGAUCGUCAACGACGUUAACGUGGGUCAGGCCAAGCUGGAGUGGACUUAAAACGGGGUAUACUAAUGAGACGGAUCCAUUUUCUACAGAUUUCAAUUUAUCUUUCAAUCCAGAAGAAACCUUAGCACCGGGGUUAUUGUCAAAGUUAGCGUUGCAGGCGGCGGGCGAACAAUCUACCGGCAGUACAUUGGAUGACGGGUUCCUGGAUCUUUUGGUAGUGAAGGAAGUGCAUUUGGGAGGUCGAGAUUACGAAAAAGAAUUGGAAUUAGCGGCCGUCAGUAGGCGAUAUGGUCUAAAUCACGAACCUGGCAACGAAUGUGCGCUCACAAUUCUUUACGGAUACGGCCUCAAUGAUAAUCGACUUUUAUACCUUGUAUGUCCGCCAUCUGUUUGCAGAAUAUGGUUUAGCGGCUUGAGCUGGUUGGUACACGGUUUAGUUAGGCAAGAAUCGCUGUCUGAUAGAAGGCUAUUUUGGUUAAGAGAACAGUACAUGCAACUGUACCACGAAGAUGGAUACUGUUGCGGACCUUUGGCGGCUGAUGCAAUCAGAUCGUUUGGCGGAAGAGAUUGGUCACUAGCUGGCAUGACAGCUAGCGGACAGGCGGGAGAAUCCCCUGGAGUUUUAAGAAGAGAAGUCUCAAUGAAAAUUAAGAAAAAACAGCUGUUAACUAAUCAAGCCUUUAAAGAUCGCAGUCUUCGAAGUCAAUUCGUUGAACCCGCCACAAUGUGCAUGGAAAGUAGUUACUGGCGCAAUCCAACACAUCACCGACAAUCAACACCAACAACCUUCUUGGAACACCACCCUGAUGUUGCACGGCAUCAUAGUCUGGGACAGUUGGCUUAUCAUUCUCAAUCCCAACCUAAAUUUGAUAGAGAUCGACAUGGUUCAACAGAGCAAUUGUGGCAUGGUCGGCAUCCCAGAGUAGGUUCAAUUUUAUAUGACACACAGUUAGAUUUUGUUGAUUUUGUUCUGCUAUUUCGCUCAUUUAGCCUGUUAAUUCGGAAAGAUUUACGUGAUCUAUUCGAUCAAUUAGCAAUAUCAUAUCGAAGCUUGGCUGUGAACGCAACGACAUCAAAAGUAAAUGGAAUCAAAGCAACCGGUGAUAAAAACGUAAAAAAACCUCAAAAAAUGGGCUUGCUGACGAGAAAUAGUAAUGCGGAACUCGAAGGGAACGUAUAUUCGCAAAAGAAAAUUUACGACGCGAUUGCCGCUGCCAGUAUUUUUACGAAUUGCGCUGGCAUAGAUACUAGCAAUUCGCAAGUAAUUACUUUGUCUACUUUUAUGAAAUUUUUGGAGACACGUCAAAUGGAAACUUUGUCUGAAGAGGAUGUGAAAUCCCUUAUUGAGGUAAAUUUUUUUAUUUACAUUAUUAUAUGCUACGCGUAUUGUUGUCAUUUACCUAGAGUUAUCUACUGA